AUGUCACUCAAUGGGGCAGCUGCUAGUGCGCUGAUGUCGUCGAUGAAUCCAAUUGUAGCUGAGAAUCAAAACCAGGGUGUUGUACCAGCAAAAUCGGCUUUAGUUCCCCUGGACGGGGUGGCGACGACAAGCAGCAAGCCACCAAAGGAGCGUGCGUUGCGUGAUGUUAUCUCAAAGAGAUUGUCACAGCAGGAUCCGAGUGGGUCCACAGUGAAAUUGAUUGGUUUGAAUAUUACAAGUAUACCAGAGCCAGAUGUGGAACUACUCAGAAAUGUAGAGCGACUAUCGCUCCGGAAGAAUUUACUACUGCACCUGCCUUCUAAUUUCUGUACUUUGAAAAGUUUGAGAUAUUUGGAUUUGGAUAAUAACAUUUUGCAGGAGAUACCGCCUGUUCUUAUGCAAUGCCCAAAGCUUGAGAUUCUUGAUCUUUCCUACAAUAAUAUCGAAUGCCUACCGCAGGAGAUAUCGACGUUGUGGUCGCAGCAGUUGAAAGUCCUUUCGUUGAAAAAUAACAAUGUAAGCUCGAUCUGGGGCUUGAAGUCUAUUGUGAAAUUUGAGAAUCUGCGAGUGCUAGAGAUACUUGGCAACCCCAUCAAUCAGGAAGAGCUCGAGGCAGUACGUUCGUAUACGCCAAUGACAUCAAGUAUGGUCAAAGAAGAAUAUUGGCUUAUAGCCCUUCGAAGGUAUCUGGAAGAUCAUUCAUUGCCGGCCUCUGAGAGCCACCACGAUUCUAAGAUGAGUAAAGCCGCAAAGCGUAUGGGAUACAUUAACACCCCCUCCCCAGGAAGCGUUGACUCCGUUGGCUCGGCAGCUUCAUCCCCUGUGCCGAUUCAAAUGCCCAAUUCCGAGGCUGACAGCAGUUACUCAACUGCUGAGACUACGAAUAAUGACCUUUACAAUCACUCCAAAUUUAAUGAUUACUUUAAAAGGCUGUCCAUUCUUCCGGAAGAGGCAUCAAAUAACGAACAACAUAAAGUUUCUCAUGACGAAUUAGUGGUCGCUUGUCGUAAGCUGCUCUUCAGCUUUACGGAGUGCCAGCAAAAUGUAAGAAAAAUUGCAUCCUUUUGCAAGGAAAAAGCCGUCGCUGUCAAUGUUGUGUCUCUUUUGUAUUCAGUAAGAUCACACAUCGACAAUCUGGUCGGGGUACUGGAGCAGGCCGAAAAUGAGAAGAACUCCCACGACGGAGCUCUCAUCAAGCUCUGUAUGACUAUUAUUGCGAUUUUCAAGCUGAUAAUCGGUCAGUUAAGGAAGAAUUUCAAAGCUUUUUUCGGAGCUGAUGAUCUUUGCUUCAUCAGAAUGUUUUACAUGACGCUUGUGUGCUCAUACACUGAAAUUUACAACGCUUGGUGCUUCAUUGAUGCUGGAGAGGCCAGGAAAGCCAGAAACCGACAUUUAGCACGAGCACACUCGGCUAUUAACCUAUCAUCAUCGAACACAUCGGCAGGCGCUUCUGCAUUAUACCUCCCUCGAACGAGAAGUAACACCCUUCAAUCAAGGGCGGCGCCGGUCGCGCUUGGUUUGAAUGCUGUUCAGCCGUCGAUGGAAAAUUCUCUGCAUAAUGCAGGUGGUCACAGCGGCAAUGCAAUGCUCUCUCCGCCCCCAAAUGGUCAUUCUCCUAUUCAAGCUAAGCCUGUUCAGAGUGCAGCCGUCAUCACUCCUCCAUCUAAUAAUACGCUUAUGCAUAAUGUGCCAUAUCAUUCUAACGAAUCAAGGCAAUCGGACAGCUCACCUCGACAGCAUCACACCAAUUCUCCACGAUCUCGAAAGGUCACCGAGCCUCAGGUCCCCAGUGGCCGUGAUGGGGUUGAUGGUGAUGCUGGUCCUUUGUUGACGUCCUCUGGUGGAUCGAGCGUUGAUCCUCAGUUAUAUCAAACGUUAAACACGGUAAUUGGCAUGGUCAACGUUGUUUAUGAACGAUUAACAUCAGAGAUCUCAAAAGCUGCUAUGGCAAGUACCACAGGGCAACAGGAAUUAACUGAUGUCCUCUUAACUAAAAUUCGCGAUUUGACUGAUACUUGUUGUCAGGCAAUGGAGUUAUCCAAGAUUCUAAAUGAGCGUCUACAGCUACUUACCUCAGAAGCAGAUAUUUCUGAAAAGUUGUUGACCACCAGUGAAAAGGUCAAAACCUGGGAGAACAUCAAUGCUUUCUUAAAAUCGAUCAUUUCCAUUUUAGCGAAUACUAAAGUUGUUAUGACAGAUAUGCCCGGGUUGAAUGAGAUCAGGCCAAACCUGGCCACCUUGGCUAAGAUUACGAAAGAUGUGACCGUAAUUCUAGAGUUGAGCUCAUACAAAGGUGUCUCAGUACUAACUGCGCAGAAUCAAAUACAGAACAGCUCGCAAAACCCAUCACAUGGAUACUCGCAUGCAGUGUCAAAUCAUCAGACAAGCAGCACUGGGGAAGAAAACGACGAGAAGUUCUAUACUUCUAUCACGACGCCCCAAAUUACACCUGCUCAUUCUCAAGUAGCGAAUCCGCUUGACAACUUCGCGGGAUAG